AUGGCUCUUCGAAAAUUGUUGCGCGAGACAAACUUACCGUCAAAAGCUCUCUUCUUCUUUCCUGAAGAUAAUAUGACUGGAAUUGCCCCUACAAAAAUUAUCUUGCAAAAAAAUAACGUUGUUAUUGGAGGAACUGUUACUGUUAACUGGCAAGGGGAAAGAGUGGAAGCUGAAAUCAUCGCAUUAAGUGGUAAGUAAAUUAAGUAACUGUUAACUGCGUUUUUCUAUUGCAAGGUUUGCCCUUCUACUGGAUACCUGGACUUACCAUGUUUUUUCCUUUUCUCGUUGUAGAAAGUACCGACGAACUAAAUGAGAAGGAUCUGAUUUGGUCAAAAAGGAAUCUUGAAGAAACUGCUCAAGUUGAUUACGGCAGUGCACCAAACGAACCUCCGAAGAAGAGAUCACGACCAGUAGGUUUGGUUAAUCUGUAUGAUCAGUAUUACUCCUAUUUUGUUCGGUUACGCGAUUAUGACGUUCUAUUUAGUGACGUUUCUAUUUCGUAUUACAGUCGAUUCCCGAUAACUCGAACCUUCAAGGGAAAUCGAAAGAAGGUUCGAAUUAUCGGGAGUUCGGGUUAUCGGGAGUUCGAAGAAAAUAGCCAGGAGUAAGGUAAAAAACAGUUUUUACUGCACAGUGAACAUUUUAAUCACAUUCAAUUGUAGAAAUGUCAAGUGAAAAUUAAAAGAUACUUCUAGAUUAUAAAUCAGAACGUAACGUAACAAAAUAUAGCCUAAAUAGAGCAUGCGUUUUACUGUUUUGAGAAAAAAAGCUGCUUCACGUUAGCCUGUGACAAUCAACAUCGGCCUCCAUUAGUAAACUAUACUCCUACAACACGUCAAUAGGAAAUCCAAAAUUCAAUGUUUCGCACGUCCGUAGACGGCUUUUUUCGCGACUUUUUAAGGCUCAAAACAUGGUUCGAGUUAUCGAGGGUAAAAUUAUAUAGAAAAUGACCUGAGGGGAAACGAAAAUUGGUUCGAGUUAGCGGGAGUUCGAAUUAUCGAGGGUUCGAGUUACCGAGGGUAAACUUACAGUGCAUGUAUGACGGAAAUCCAGGGGAAAUCGAUUUUGGUUCGAGUUAGCGCGAGGUUCGAGUUAGCGAGGGUUCGAGUUAUCGGGAGUCGACUGUAUUACUAAUGUUAGUAGUCUGACUCAAAUGUUGAUGUGUUAACUUGGCACGACCUUUAAGCCUUAAACACAAACUGAAAUAAAUUCUCUUUUAUUUCAGGAGAAAAGUAAUGCCAAGGAGAAGGCGACAAAGACGAAGGAGACCACAGAGCCACCAUCUACCGCGACAGCUAAAGUGGUGGAUUUGAGAAAGGAAGAGGUAAAUAUUUUACCGGUAACUAUACAUUUCAAAAAUUUAAAGUUUGAUUUUUUGAUUUUGAGUUUGAUCUUCCUUGAGUGGUGUUUUUCUGUCAUAAGCGUAGUUCCGGUUACAGCCGUUUUUAGUCAAUGAUUAUAGUCCGAGUAAAGAAGCGUUUUCACAUUUUGAUAAUGUAGCUUAAACUGAAACGUUUGUGGAAUUUUAUGUAUCUGUUUAACUCGCGGUGACUGAAACUAAUACUUCUUUUUUAAUUUUGUUCUUUAGAAAGAUCACGUCGCAGGAUAGCUAAACGUAAAAGCGCAACCAAGAAACUGAACCCUCCUGAUUCUUCCCACGACGUCAUCAUGAAAAAAAUUGAUUCUCCAGACAACAUCAGCCUGAUUAAAAAGCAGCUUGAAGCAAAAACAAGAGAGUACGAUCUUCUAAAGAAUCAGAUCCUGGAUCACGAGCGAAUCUUAAAGGUAAGCACAAACCAAUGUAGCUUCUUUAUUCUCCGUCAAGAAUCAAGUUGCAGUGGUUACCAAAAAAUACUAACACGCCCCCUCAAAAAGCUUUUUUCUUGCUGUUUUCUUUCGUAGUUUUUGUGGACGUGUGUUUUUUUGACACGCUUCUCUCAUCGUUACUGCUCGAAGAGGGACAAUUUUUUUUCGCGGAAUGGGGCAAUUUGAAUUUACCUCAGAUAUUAACGAUACUUUGCUAUCAACUUGGUAAGGUUGCAAAUCAAACGAAAGAAAGGCAUAAUUUAAACAAAGCAUUAAAUGCAGUUUGUAUCGUUGCUGGAAGUGUGUCUAUAUUUAUGCAUUUAUUUAUUUUGACUUAAGAUGAUGGACAGAUUCGAAGAUUCUCUUGUCACAUUGGGGGAGACCUUGGGGCGCAGGUUGUCACGGAUCGAGCAACGGCUAGAAUCUUUAGAGACCGUGGUAAGUUAAAUAAUAAGGCUUAAGCUGGAUUUCCACUGUCGCGUAAUUUUUACGUGCGUGAAUGAAAUAGAGACAAUGUAUGAAGGUCACGCAUAAACGUAAAAGUUGAACCUCGCUAAGGCGUAUUGUAGCUACUUCCUUUAGUGCACAGUUUUUAAAAAAUGUAGCAAAAUUAUUCAGUGCGCUGGGCAUAAGUCAAAUUACAGCUGAGAAAGAGUUACUGCUCAGCUAGACGCCGGGCCUAAAACUUGGAAUUUAGCACACAAUAAGUUUGGCCUCUCGGAAACGCCUAUUUCAAACUAACGUACCGUGUAAGCAUUAUUUUCCUUUUGUCCUUUUGAAUGCAGCUCAGUUCGAAUAAAUGGGCUUUGGAAUACGGGAAACACAAUAGUUACGAUUCUUUUUCUUUUUUUUCCAAUAGUUCAGGAGUGAAGAGACCUACAACUCUUCCGGCCUGUUGUCGAAUCAAGAACUUUUGACGAUUGACAUGGAUACCAUGGCAACUUUACAACACGACGAAGUCAACGCCAGCAUCCCAGCUACGCCAGCAGGCCCUGCUACCCCAGAAACACCAUCACGGCCCGUAAACGCUGACAGUAUCAUGGAAAGACCUGAAAUCCCGGUGGGAGAAGAUGUAAUUCGGACUUGCGUCACUCCAAGAAAAGUGCAAAGCGUAUAUGCAACAUUACAGAAAGAAAAGGAGAGGCAUAGAUGCGCAGUAAAGCUGCUCCCAUACUUCUUUAGUGAUGAAGAACUCAAAGGAAGCAAUACUGAUGGGACCCACGGUAAACAUCCGCUCGACAGCAGCAAGCUGAAUUCUCUAAGAGUUUUAGUUUUCAGUAAAUUUCCAGUUGAAUGUACUACAGAAAGAGAUAAACUGUGGAAACAAAUCAAAGCCAAGAUCAAUGAUAGAUGUCGUGCUAUCAAGUAUGCUAAAAGGGCAAACUAA